CUUGGUUUUAGCAUGAAUUUGACAAUUUUUGGGUUCAAGAAUAUUUUGGUCAAGGAACAAGGGCACUAUUACUGACUUCUUCACCUCUACAUUCAAACACCUAAUGCAGUCUAUACAAUCCCUCCUAAGGAAUACGAAAGCCUCCAUUGGGAAGAAAGCCAGAUACCAGAAAGGACUAAGAACUUCUACAGAAGGAACCUUGACAAGGGAAUGAGGAACGGGAUUAUCAAUAACUUCUCUUAUAAGGGGAACUAAAUACAGGACGAAAGGAUGGAAUAUUAAGUUUACUGAAGAAGAAAGUAUUCUUAAUGAAGUAGUGUAUUAUGAAGGCCAAGUUGACCUGCCUCUGAGUAGUCCAGCUUAUGAUAUUUCACAACUGAGAAUUCCGAUUAUGGUUGAUGCUGUUUUGUAUUUCAGGAGUGAUGAUGCCCCAACCUCAGAGACAUAUGAACCAGUUGAUAUUAAAACAUACAGGCUUGGAGAUAUCAUUGGAAGUGUAAAUAAAUAUGUCCCAAUUGAGUUUUCUGGUAACUUCACAUCAGUUUUGAAUUGUUAUAUUCAAUGAAAUAUUAGUAAUAUUGAGUGAAGUCAGAGAUCAGUCAUGAGACAACAAUUUAUUAAAGCUAGUAAGUCAGAACAGACAGAUAAUAUUUGAAGAGUAAAAACACAUGAGCAGAUAAAAUAAUCAAGAUUAUUGGUUAUGAACAGAUUAUGAUGAAUCAGAGCUUCUUUUGUGUCAAAAGUGUGAUCCAAGUACACUCCAACCCUAUCUUUUUCCUUGUUUCGGGAACAAGGUAGCAACUCGAGAGUUAGCUAGCCUAUCUCAGACCUAUUACGAAAGAAUCUGAGGUUUAUUUGUACUCCAUCAGAAUCGACUUCGAACAGUUUACAAAGCCUUAUUCAUUCAAAUGAAGAGAAAUAAAGAAGAAUUUAAAGAGAAAAGAACAAGAUUUAAGAAGGUAGAGCUAGAUCAUGAACUUUUCUCGAUGUAUGACCUUGAUAGUCUCGGAUCAGAAGAAGACUCAAGUGAUUCAGAAUCUUCAGACAUCAGCUCAAGUUCUAACUCUAAUUCCAGUUAUUCAGAAGAGUCCAAGACCACAUCCUCAAAUUCAGAUUCAAAGCUUGGAACUCAAAGAGAGAAUAUGAAUGCUUCGGCUGAUCAGUGUGUUACUCUUGAUCAAGAUGAUUUUGAUAACGAAGAAGUGAGGACCAGUUUAGAUGGAAACCUUCAGCAUAUAUUACUAAGUAAAGGAGCGAGCAGGGGUAUUUGUCUCACUCCUUUCUCUGUUGUUCAUACAAUCGAGGAAAAGCGGGAUGAAAUCAUUGUUAAAAUCAACAAAAUUUCUUGCAAACUGUUAAAUCUCAUAAGAUCUCAUCCCUUCGUUGCUAAAUAAAUUAAUAGAGGCCAAAUAUUGGGAAAAAUAUGAUAAAUCAAUCCAAAAGAGAUUUAUCUGAAAUUCUAGCUCUAAAACUCUUCUAUCUCUCGGUAAUCAAGAUAAGGAAACUAUGAUUACAAACAGCCAGAGGAAAAAAUAUAUGAAAACCUGCAGAAGAGAGGAAUGGAGAGGCUUGCCUUAUAGAAAUACCUAUGAAACAUCCUCAUCACCUAUCAUGAUAGAGUAUGAGCCGGAUUCAGAUAACAAUAAUGAGAGUGAUUCAGAGUCAUCUUCAAUAUCCUCAAUAUCUACAAUAGAGGAGGAGUAUCAGGAUUACCAUUUAGUAUUCUUGCUUCAUGGGUACAAAGGGAGAUCAAAGGACAUGUCUAACUUUCAGAAUUCCAUUUUAAAAUAAGUUCCCUGAAGCUAGGGUCCAUUCAUGCAAAAGUUUGAAUGGCAUUAACUACGGUAAAUAUACAAAUGGCAUAUUAUCCCUCGCCAAACUUAUUGCUAGAGAAAUGAAACAAGAAAUUGAUAGAACCAAACAAAUGAAAAAGCUUGGAAGAAUAUCCAUGAUUGCCUACUCACUGGGAGGAUUGGUGUUCAGAGCAAGCUUAAGAUAUUUAAGGAGAUGGAUAGAUCUAGAUACAAGGUUGGAUAUGCUCAUAACUAUGGGAACGCCUCAUUGAGGAUAUGUUCAUACUAGUAGUAAUCUUCUAUCUACUGGAAUGUGGUUUGUUGAAAAGUUCUCCAAAAAUCCAUUCAUCUCUCAGAUUAGACUAUCAGAUUCUAAAUCGUUGAGAGACUGAUUUAUUUAUCAGCUCUCUGAUGACGAGUACAUAUCAUGAUUUUCUAAGGUAAUCUUUGUAGGUUCUUCCCAAGAUGCUUAUGCUCCCCUAGAGAGUGCUAUUGUAGAACCUUCUCGCAGGUUAGAAAGAGGUUCAAAAUCAGAAAUCAUCAUGAAAAUUCAAGCCAAGUUACGAUGAAACCUCUCAAAUACAAAAUUUAUCCAAGUAUGGGUAAACUGUAAACCUCGAAAGAAAUCAAAACUGGAUGCCUACAUUGGUCGGGAAGCCCACAUAGAAUUUAUUGACAACAUAGAAGUAACAAAGAUGAUCAUCAGCAGAUAUUUCAGCUAACUUUGUGUUUAUUUCAGCUAGUUUUGA